AUGAAUAUUGUGGAUCUGGAUUGUUCUUCAGCAAGGGAAACACUUUUAAAUGUCCAACCUUUUCUGCUAGGACAUCCAUUGAGAUGGCUUCUUCUGGCCGAUACCUUCAGUCUCGAUGACCACAUGCAACUCCUUGAGAAACUCCCGCUGAGACUGGACAGCAAUGUUAUUCUCGCUGAAUUCACCAAUUCCUCAACUAUCUCACUAAAGCACAUUUACAAAAUAAACCCGAGCUUACCAAUAAAUCACGAGGAUUACGGAGGAUGGGACUUGAAGACGGGAAUCACAGACGUUCGUCUCACAAGAGUCUUAUCAAGAAAAAGGUCAAACUUGCAUCACACUCACCUAACAGCGUCCAUUGUGAUAACUAAUCCAGAUACAGUGAAUCACUUUGAGGAUUACAAAGAUAAGCACAUCGAUACACUCAGCAAAGUCAACUACAAGCAAAUUCAUGUCUUAAUGGACACUCUCAAUGCUACAAAAAAGUUUAUACUGCAAAGUAGUUGGGGCUAUCUAAAUAAAACAACAGGAAAAUGGAGUGGAAUGGUAGGAGAUCUAGUAAAUGGAACUGCCGAAAUUGGUGGGACAUCUCUAUUCAUAACUCCCGAAAGGCUUCAAGUCAUUGACUAUAUCUCACAAACAGUCUCAACGCAUGGAGCUUUCAUGUUUCGAUCUCCACCUUUGUCCUACGUAACAAAUAUCUUUUACCUGCCCUUCCAAGGAUACGUAUGGAUUUCAUGCCUCACUCUUUUCUUUCUCUGUACUCUAAUUUUAUUUUUGACAUGGCAAGGAAAUCUCAAGAAUAAGGACAAUGCCCAGGAAAGGGAACAAUUUAGAUUAAGUGAUGCUGUUAUGACUGCAGUAGGGGCCGUUACACAACAGGGAUCCAACAUGGAGUCCAAUUUAACGUCUGGAAGAAUAUCAUUUUUCUUCCUUCUACUCUCGAUGUUCUUCUUCUACACCGCUUACACGGCAAACAUUGUAGCCCUACUCCAGUCCACAACAACCAGUAUUUCUACUCUUAAGGAUCUUCUAGACUCCAACUUGGAACUUGGAGUAGAAGAUAUUGUCUAUAAUCGUUAUUACUUUCCACGAACGAAUGAACCUAUUCGGAAAGCAAUUUAUGAAACUAAAAUUGCUCCUCCUGGAAAAAAGGAAAGAUAUCUUGAACAAUCUGAGGGCAUAGCUAAAGUUAGACAGGGUCUCUUUGCAUUUUACAUUGAAGGGACACGUGGCUACAAAUUAAUCGAGGAAACUUUCUACGAAAGCGAAAAAUGUGGACUCAUGGAAAUAGAAUAUUUACAAUCCACCGAUACAUGGUUAUCAAUCGAAAAGUAUUCUGCCUACAAAGAAGUGAUGAAAGUCAGCCUUUUCAAAAUGAAGGAAUCUGGAGUUGAACGUCGUGAAUCUUCGAAACUUUACAUGAAGAAACCAAUUUGUGCAGCUAAAGGACAGAAUUUUGAUAGUGUCCGUCUGAUUGAUUGCUAUAUAACAAUUAUGAUAAUACUAUUAGGAUACAUUCUGUCAUUAGUAGUGUUUGGGCUUGAGCACUUGAUAAAAAGACAACCAUUCAAUCUAUCUGAGAGACUUUGUCUCUCAUAA